UUCAGUUUGCUCGGCCAAAGCUCGCGCCACCUUUCCAAGCACCUUCUGCAAAGACCUUCCAGCCGCUGUGCUGCCCUGACUGCCUCUAACCUUGCUGCUUUCUCUUCAUGCCAUCCUAGGAGACCAGAGGGAAAGUAAGUACCCACCUGUCCCGUGCCCGGUGUUCCCUUCACCUCAGCCAGGGAGCCCCUGGCCCACAGCGUACGAGGCAUUCCAGCGCCUGUGCAGGGCCCGGCUUGGCCAGGCUGCCAGGCCUUACUUUCCUUGUCUGCAACACAAAGGAGUUGGCUUUGCUGUCGUUGGGCUUUGAUCCUGCCAGGCAGGGCAGCGCGUGGGUGUCUCAGUGCAUCCCUGGGUUGAGCCAGGUUGUGCCUGUGGUGGGGGGCACUCCCCGAGCAGGCCGGGGCCGGCGUGCUGGCCCUCCCCUCUGGGCAGAGGACACCGGGGACACCCCCUGCCACAGGCCACACCCCUUGUUCUUGAGAAAUCUUCAGAAGCAGUCUCUCCCCGCCUCCCCCCAGGUGUGGCCCCCAGAGCUCUGAGCAGGCCCUGAUCUGAUGUCAGGAGACAAGGACAGCCUCUAGGCCAGUAGGUUCCAGCAGGACUUCACCAGUGGGGCGUCAGCCUAGUGGAGCUCAAGGGGCUGAACCAACUGAGCUCUGGGCCCCUCUGCUGAGGGUCUGCUGGGGGCUCGUUGCCAGAAAGUUUGAAGGGCGGACAAGCCCUGCCUGAUUGGCCUGCAGUCCCCUCAGGGACGGUGGUGAUGUCACAAUGCCUUGCCUCUUGAGCACACGCUCCCCGCCUCUCACCACUGCCUCUGUUGUCAGCCUGGCCUUGGUAAGGACUGCUGCCGGCCUGGGGAGGAAGGCACAGGGGGGCGUCCCAGGGGUCUCUCCAGGCCUGGGGCUUCCGUCCUGUGGCUUGUGCCAUUAGAGGCCCCCAACACGUCCCUUCACAGUUCAAGCGAGGAUCUUCCCCCACGUCUUGAGUGGACGCGGGGCUUACACAGCCGGCAUGUCCCACGGGGUCGUUAGAAUCAGGUUUCAGUUUUGUUUCGGGGUGUCAGGAAAGGGAUGUCGAUGCUGCUGCAGGUGACGGGAAAGGUUUGCCGCCUUACCUCUGGAGACCUGGUCUCCUGGAGACAGGGCCCAGCAGGUGCGUCCCCCCACGUAGGCUACUGACUGACCCCGCAGAAGCUGGGAUGGUCCUGGGUGUUGGUCAUCUGGCGUGGGCGCUUCUGCUUUGGGGAGCAGGGGCCAGAGUCCAGCCUGUGUCUGGACUGGAUCUCUGCCAGCUACAGCCAUUCCUCUAGAACAGGCCUGUGGAGCGUGAGCUCAGACCACUGGGCACGUCUUAAGAGCAGACUGGCUACUGGGGCUUUCUGGGCUUGAGCCGUUUCUGGCCAGAGGCUGCAGAGGUGGUGGCAGUGGUGGCCCAGACUCCUCUAUUCAGAUGACUGUGGUCUCCAGACUGGAGGGGACACCACCUCUAUUGAAGAGGCUGAGGUUCUCGGCAAGGGUUUGUCCACAGUGGCAGAUGGGACACACAGUUCCCCACCUGCCUCCCUCUGUUCUAGGGAUGGGGCCCCUCACAUCAAAUGGUUCUGUGACUAGAGGCGGGUGCCCUAAUGACCUUGGGGCCCAGAGUUUCCCACGUGGUCCCUCCUGUAUUGCGGGUGCGCCCAGAGGUGGCUGUGGCUGACCCGGAGCCUGCUUCUCACUUGCUGCCUGAGCCACCAGGCUCCCUCUCUUCCGGAUGGUCACUAGCAUCCUCCCUGUGUCUCCCCCAGUGUGGCCCCUGCAGGGCCGGGCCCUCCACCCUGUGCUCCCAGCUGCUCCCCGAGACACUAACCCUUGUCUGAGACCCUUGCCAGCUCCCCUUGGAGCAUGCGCUGCUGCAGGCGGUGGUGUGGCUGCGGCAGGGGUAUGCCGCCACGGGGCAAGGUCCACCGUGGUGGCCUGGCCGUGAUGGGGCUGGCCUGGGAGACUGCCGCGUAUACUUCUAGAAAGCGGAAGCACCAGUGCCUCAGGCAAGGUGGCCAGAUUUAGCAAAGUCAAAGGAUGUCCUGUUAAAAUCCUAGAUGAACGACGAAUAACCCUUCAGCAUAAACGUCUUAAAUAUUUCGUGGGACGUGUUUAUUCUAAGAGUUAUUUGUUGUUUAUAUAUCAGUCAAGUUACCUGGGUGUGGUGUGUAUUUCAUUUGGCAACCCCCUGUGGAGGCUCUAGGGGAGAAGGCUUCUGUGGUUGAAGAAGUUUGGAAACCAUUCUCUAGACCCCUCUGGAGAGCCUGGGCGCAUUAGGAAAGAUUGGCUUUACAGCUAAAAGAACGCAUACGUACGCACAUGCAUGCACGUCAUUGCUUAUCGCUUUACUGAGCUUCCCGUGGACUUGACUUCGGGUCCUUGCUUGUGUCUUCCUGGCACCCCCACCAGGGAGCACUCCCAGGCCCGACCAGCCCUGAAAGUCAGGCUGAGGAGGGGGGCGGGGCGCCAUCCCCAUGGCCCGCGGUGUUGCAACUGCCUUCUUGUGCUUGCUUUUUAACGCUGUGCGGAAGAUGAGGAGUGGGAGAGCCGCCUGUGCCCUGGAGACCGUCUGGGAGGACAAGCAGAAGUAUGGGGAAGCCGAGCGGCGUUUCUACGAGCACGAGGCCACACGAGCCGCCGCCACCCAGCAGCUCCUGGCUGAAGCGCCAGCCGUGAACGGGCCUGGGAGGGAGGACGCCGAGGAGGCAGACGCCCCUGACAGCGGCAGCAGGAGCGACCCCGGGAGGAGCCACGACGGAAAGAAGCCUCUGCAGAAGAAAAGGAAGCGCUCCCCAAAGAGCUGGUUCGGCCAGGCAGACCUGGCCCUCGUGGGCCUCUCGGCCGACCACGUGUGGCUGGACAAGCCGAUGUUCGACCAGGCAGAGAGCGCCUAUCGCCAGAGGCUGGCGGAUGCGGCUGCCCAGGCGGCCCAGCGGGUUGCCCUGGUCCCCCGAGGCCCCUGCACCCACGGAAGCCAGGUGGCCUGCCACCAUGUGACCUGGGGCAUCUGGGUCAAUAAGUCGUCCUUCGACCAGGCCGAGCGGGCGUUCGUGGAGCGGUCGCAGGCCUCGCUGUUGGCCGCAGAGGGGAGUGGCAGGCAGGGGGCUUCUGACACGGGCCAGCAGGCAGCUGCCCCCGAUCUGGCUCUCGCCCGCCAGCCCGGCCCGCUGACCGACGGCCAACCCCCGCUGGGCAGUCUGCAGGCGCUGGUGCAGGAGGUGUGGCUGGAGAAGCCCCAGUACGAUGCGGCAGAGAGGGGUUUCUACGAGGCCAUGUUCGACGGCCACCCUCCUGGGAAGGUGCGCCUGCAGGAGCGAGCUGGCCAGGCUGAGGGGGCCAGGCGGGGCCGCAGAGACCGGCGAGGCCGAAACGCCGUGGGAAGCAAGCGGGUCGGGCCUCGGCGGGUUGAUGGGGAGGCCGCCUCUGCCCUGCCCUACUGGUAUCUCCUGCACAAAGAUGCUGAGGCCCCCUGGCUCAGCAAGCCCACCUAUGACAGCGCAGAGUGCCGCCAUCAUGCCGCAGAGGCCCUGCGAGUGGCCUGGUGCCUCGAAGCUGCAUCCCUGGCUCACCGACCUGGUGCCCGGUCUGGCCCGACCAUGUCCAGCCUGAGACCCAAGAAAAUGGCUACAAACUUCCUAGCGCACGAGAAGAUCUGGUUCGACAAGUUCAAAUACGAUGAUGCAGAGAGGCAGUUCUAUGAGCGGAUGAACGGGCCCGUGGCUGGCUCCUCGCGCCAGGAGAACGGUGCCAGUGUGAUCCUCCGUGACAUUGCCAGAGCCAGAGAGAACAUCCAGAAAUCCCUGGCUGGGAGCUCAGGCCCUGGGGCCUCCAGCGGGCCGGGCGGAGAUCACAGUGAGCUCGCCAUCCGGAUCGCCAGCCUGGAAGUGGAGAAUCAGAGCCUGCGAGGCGUGGUGCAAGGUCUGCAGCAGGCUGUCUCCAAGCUGGAGGCCCGGCUGAGCGCACUGGAGAAGAGCUCACCCACCCACCGGGCUGCAGCCCCACAGACCCAGCACGUGUCCCCUAUGCGCCAAGUGGAGCCCCCUGCCGGCAAGGCGGCCACCGCCGCAGAGGAUGACGAGGACGAUGCCAUCGACCUGUUUGGCAGCGAUGACGAGGAGGACAAGGAGGCAGCCCGGCUGCGGGAGGAGAGGCUGCGGCAGUACGCGGAGAAGAAGGCGGGGCGGCCCGCGCUGGUGGCCAAAUCUUCCAUCCUCUUGGACGUCAAGCCUUGGGAUGACGAGACAGACAUGGCCCAGCUGGAGGCCUGCGUGCGCUCCAUCCAGUUAGACGGGCUGACCUGGGGGGGCUCCAAGCUGGUGCCCGUGGGCUAUGGCAUCCGCAAGCUGCAGAUUCAGUGUGUGGUAGAGGACGACAAGGUGGGGACGGACCUGCUGGAGGAGGAGAUCACCAAGUUCGAGGAGCACGUGCAGAGUGUGGACAUUGCUGCUUUCAACAAGAUCUGAGCCCCAGCCUCCGGCCGUGGGGUGUGGGGCCCUCAGCCAUUAAAGACGGAGAUUCCA